CCAGACGAGUUCUGCCCUCCGCUCAACGCCGUGGCCAUCGCAGGAGGCUUGGCGUCGGCCUUGCUGGACAAGGUCAAGAACGCCUCGCUUGGGGUUCCGGGCGACGCCGCGGACGGGAAGAAGGACAAGAAGGGCGCGCCGAAGGCCAAGGCGGACCCCAAGGCGAAGGCCAGGGCCAGCAGCUCGGCCGCGCAGGACACGCCCGCGACCCCGGCCAUGCCGGAGGGGGGCGACCUGGCGGCCUCGCUGGCGUGCCUGCAGCGGGCGCUCCAGGAGGCGCUGCCCGAGUACUUGGCGGCGCAGCGGGCCCCCGCCAAGGAGUGCCCCGCCAACGGCGAGCUGGCAGGCGCCCUCCAGCGCGGCUGCGUCUACCUGGCACUGCACGCCGACGCGGACGCCGCCUUCGACGCGGAGAGCGGCGGCUACGCGCUGA